AUGGCGACCGAGAUCACCACUCGGGGUAGCCAGCGUGCCAUUGGACAGGAGGAAUACAGCUUGUACAGCAGCCUGAGCGAGGAGGAGCUGCUCCAGAUGGCCAUCGAGCAGAGCCUGGCAGACAAGACUCGAGGCUCAGCCCCUGCUGAGACCACUAUGUCCCCUCAGACCGGCCCCCAGCCAGGCCAUUUACACCCAUGGACCAGGUCUUCGCCUCCUGAGAGUGCACCGUCUCACGCACCCCUGGGCUUGUUCCAAGGGGUCAUGCAGAAGUAUAGCAGCAGCCUGUUCAAGACCUCCCAGAUGGCGCCUAUGGAUCCCGUGCUGAAGGCCAUCAAGGAAGGGGAUGAAGAAGCCUUGAAGGUCAUGAUCCAGGAUGGGAAGAAUCUGGCAGAGCCCAACAAGGAGGGCUGGCUGCCGCUGCAUGAGGCGGCCUACUACGGCCAGCUGGGUUGCCUGAAGAUCCUGCAGAAAGCCUACCCAGGGGCCAUUGACCAGCGCACACUGCAGGAGGAGACAGCACUGUAUCUGGCCACAUGUAGGGAGCACCUGGACUGCCUCCUGACGCUGCUCCAGGCAGGGGCAGAGCCCGACAUUUCUAACAAGUCCAGGGAGACUCCACUCUACAAAGCCUGUGAGCGUAAGAACGCAGAGGCUGUGAGGAUAUUGGUGCAAUACAACGCAGACACCAACCACCGCUGCAACCGGGGCUGGACUGCAUUGCACGAGUCUGUCUCCCGCAAUGACCUGGAGGUCAUGGAGAUCCUGGUGAGCGGUGGGGCCAAGGUGGAGGCCAAGAAUGUCUACAGCAUCACUCCCUUGUUUGUGGCUGCCCAAAGCGGGCAGCUGGAGGCCCUGAGGUUCCUGGCCAAACAUGGAGCAGACAUCAACACACAGGCCAGCGACAGCGCGUCGGCCCUCUACGAGGCCUGCAAGAAUGAACACGAAGACGUGGUGGAGUUUCUUCUCUCACAGGGCGCUGAUGCCAACAAAGCCAACAAGGAUGGCCUGCUUCCCCUGCAUGUGGCCUCCAAGAAGGGCAACUACAGGAUUGUGCAGAUGCUGCUGCCCGUGACCAGCCGCACGCGAGUGCGCCGCAGCGGCAUUAGCCCGCUGCACCUGGCGGCCGAGCGCAACCACGACGCUGUGCUGGAGGUGCUGCUGGCCGCGCGCUUCGACGUGAACGCGCCUCUAGCGCCCGAGCGCUCGCGACUCUACGAGGACCGUCGGAGUUCUGCUCUCUACUUUGCCGUGGUUAACAACAACGUGUAUGCCACCGAGCUGCUGCUGCUGGCGGGUGCCGACCCCAACUGCGACAUCAUCAGCCCCCUGCUCGUGGCCAUCCGCCACGGCUGCCUGCGCACCAUGCAGCUGCUGUUGGACCACGGCGCCAACAUCGACGCCUACAUCGCCACGCACCCCACCACCUUCCCCGCCACCAUCAUGUUUGCUAUAAAAUGCCUGUCGUUGCUCAAGUUCCUCAUGGACCUCGGCUGUGACGGCGAGUCCUGUUUCUCCUGCAUGUACGGCAACGGGCCGCACCCGCCUCCCCAACGACUCGGCACCUUCCAUCCAGUGGACGACAAGGCACCCAGUGUGGUGCAGUUCUGCGAGUUCCUGUCAGCCCCGGAAGUAAGCCGCUGGGCAGGACCCAUCAUCGACGUCCUUCUGGACUACGUAGGCAAUGUGCAGCUGUGCUCCCGGCUGAAGGAGCACAUUGACAGCUUUGAGGACUGGGCCAUCAUCAAGGAGAAGGCAGAACCUCCAAGACCCCUGGCUCACCUCUGCCGGCUGCGGGUUCGGAAGGCCAUAGGAAAACACCGGAUAAAACUGCUGGACACACUGCCACUCCCAGGACGGCUAAUCAGAUACCUGAAAUACGAAAACACACAGUAACCAGCCAGCGAGGA